AAGGCUGCGUAAAUAUUGUAAAACAAUCUUGCUGUAUAGGGCAACAUUUGACUUGGUUCAUGAUACAAGAACGAUUUUGGUGCAUUCAUAUAUUUUGUUAAGGACAUAGAUAGUCUACUCCUCAUUUUAGGUUCGUACUAUGUGUGUUUGCAUUAGCAAAUUAGUUAUGAUAAACCCGGAGAAAUCUAUGGAAGAGUUCCGAGCAGCUAGUCAAAAACUUGGUGAUGGCGUGGGUGUAAAGUCUUUAAUACAAAGCAUGGGACUUGGAAUGAUUGCUGACCAGUUAGGGGAUUUGAAGCUGGAAGAGCUCCUGAGCACUCCUCCACCUGGAACAGAUGAAAUUGUUGCAAUUUCUAAGGCAAUUAUAAAGCUGGACAAUGAUGGAUCUUUCUACAUUAAAAACUUUGGCAAGACUACAAUAUUGGUGAAUAACAAAGAAGUGCAGACUGGUCAGUCUCAAAGACUACACUCCAAUUGUUUGAUCGAGGAUGAAGAUGCUAUCGAAGUGACUCCUGGGUUGGAGAUAGGAAAGACUCUCCAACUUAUGUGCGCAAGAAGGAGGCUUGUGAAUCUGUGGGAAUCAUUUCUUUUGAAGCUAAUUUCCCCAAGGAUUCCACAGAACAACAAGUGUGAUCCUUCGGUUCAUGGCGUCCUUUACCUUCUUGUAUGCUUCUAAAUCUCUUAACUGCAGUUCCAUUUUUCUUG